GCCGAGGAGGACAAGCGCCGCCGCAAUACCGCUGCUUCCGCUCGCUUCCGUAUCAAGAAGAAGCAGCGCGAGCAAGCCCUCGAGAGAUCCGCUAAGGAAAUGAGCGACAAGGUACAGGCGUUGGAGGGGAGGAUUAAUCAGUUGGAGACGGAGAACAAGUGGCUGAAGAACCUAAUU